GAUGGAAAAUUCUACUUGGUUAGUGCUUUCUCAAUUAUAACACCCCAAGUUAAAAAGUAGUCUGCUCCUUCCCGUACCUAAUUGCAAUACCACUCUCUGCUUUGUUGCUGUUGCUUAAUCCUUUUGCCUUUCCCCAUCUCUUCGACUCACUACCUCUUUCCCAUUUUAUCAUCCAUUCCUAACCUGGCUCUCAUUCACCUCUGAUUCCUUCAUCGUCUCUCUGUUUGGAACCCAAACUCUGCUCCUUUCAUUUCCUUGUUUAUUUUCAUUUGCUCCACCCUCUUCUUAAUUUCCUCUUAUUUUCUCAGUUCCCAUCUGUUUUCCAACAUAACCAAAUUUCCCAAAAAAAAAAAAAAAAAAAAAAACCACCAUCUGUCUUCAUAGCUUGGUAAUCUACUCUUUACAUUCGGCCUCACAUCGAGAUCUGCUUGCAAAACACCAACUUCCUUUGUUCUCGUUUUGUCACACUGAAUCAAAUUGCAUGCAUUCCUUGAGCUUUCUCCAUCUCUUCACUCCCUACUUCUUUGUCAUUUUUUCUACCUUCACUCAUAUUCGCUACUGAUUCUGCUUUUCAUUUUGUUGGUGACCGUCUCUCUGCUUGGAACAAAUACUCUGCUCCUUCCAUUUCUUCCACUCUCUUAUUUUAGUUUCCUCUUGUUCCUGCUUUCAUUUGUUUCUGUUUUUUCAUCAUUUCCCUUCUGUUUUCCCAACAAAACCACACACACAAAAAAGAAAAAACAAAUCCAACUGAGACGAAAUGACAGAGAUCAUUAAUGCCGUUGCUGCAAAAGUUUCAGAGUACUUGGUUGCUCCAAUUGGACGCCAGCUUAGUUAUCUGUUUUGCUAUCGGAGCUAUACCGAUGAACUCCACAACAAAGUUCAGAAGCUGGGGAAGGCGAGGGUUGACGUGCUGAUAACUGUUGAUGAAGCUAGGAGAAGGGGGGAUGAAAUCAGACCUAUUGUUCAGGAGUGGCUGAAUCGGGUAGAUAAGGUUACAGGGGAGGCAGAGGAAUUGAAGAAAGAUGAAAACAAGAGCUGUUUCAAUGGGUGGUGUCCUAAUCUCAAGUCACGGUACCUGCUAAGCAGGGUAGCAGACAAGAAGGCGCAGGUUAUUGUUAAAGUCCAAGAAGACCGCAAUUUCCCCGAUGGCGUAUCAUAUCGUGUCCCUCCACGGAAUGUAACCUUUAAAAAUUAUGAACCUUUUGAGUCAAGAGCCUCGACUGUGAACAAAGUUAUGGAUGCAUUAAGAGAUGAUGAGAUCAACAAGAUUGGGGUGUGGGGCAUGGGCGGUGUGGGCAAAACCACGCUGGUCAAACAAGUGUCCCAACUAGCUGAAGAUGAGAAGCUGUUCACCACACGAGUCUACAUAGAUGUAUCCAGGACGCGAGAUUCGGAAAAACUUCAAGAAGUAAUUGCUAAAAUUCAACAACAAAUUGCAGACAUGUUAGGCUUGCAAUUUAAGGGGGUGAAUGAAUCCACAAGAGCAGUUGAACUGAUGCGGAGACUUCAGAGAGAGAAGAUCCUAAUCAUCCUAGAUGACAUUUGGAAGGAAGUUAGUUUGGAGGAAGUUGGAAUUCCUUCUGAAGAUGACCAGAAAGGAUGCAAAAUAGUGUUGGCUUCUAGAAAUGAAGACCUAUUACGCAAACACAUGGGCGCAAAAGAAUGUUUUCCACUUCAACAUUUACCAAAAGAAGAAGCUUGGCAUUUAUUUAAGAAGACAGCAGGUGAUUCCGUGGAGGGGGACCAACUGCGACCCAUAGCAAUUGAGGUGGUUAACGAAUGUCAGGGUCUACCAAUUGCAAUUGUAACAAUUGCGAAGGCAUUAAAAGGUGAAAUAGUGGAAAUAUGGGAGAAUGCUUUGGCCGAACUGAGGAGUGCUGCGCCAAUAAACAUCGGUGGAGUGGAUGACAAGGUAUACGGAUGUCUGAAGUUGAGCUACGACCAUUUGAAAGGUCAUGAAGUGAAGUCAUUGUUCUUACUUUGUGGUUGGUUGAGCUAUGGCGAUAUUUCAAUGCAUGAAUUGUUACAGUAUGCUAUGGGUUUGGAUUUGUUUGACCACCUCAAGUCAUUGGAGCAAGCAAGAAAUAAACUAGUUACAUUGGUGAGAACCCUCAAAGCCUCAAGCUUGUUACUUGACGGUGAAGAUCAUAUAAACCCUUUUAGACGAGGAGCCUCGAGGUUGCUUUUCAUGGAUGCUGAUAACAAGUCUGUCAGGAUGCAUGAUGUUGUUCGUGAUGUUGCCAGAAAUAUUGCAUCCAAGGAUUUUCAUCGAUUUGUAGUUAGAGAAGAUGAUGAAGAAUGGUCAAAGACUGAUGAAUUCAAAUACAUCUCUUUAAAUUGCAAAGAUGUGCAUGAGCUUCCUCACAGGUUGGUAUGUCCAAAACUUCAAUUUUUACUAUUGCAGAACAUCAGUCCUACCUUGAAUAUCCCACACACAUUUUUUGAAGCGAUGAACCUACUCAAAGUUUUAGACUUGUCUGAAAUGCAUUUCACAACACUACCUUCAACGCUUCAUUCCCUUCCAAAUCUUCGAACAUUACGUCUAGACGGGUGCGAGUUGGGAGACAUAGCUCUAAUUGGAGAGCUAAAGAAACUACAAGUUCUUAGCAUGGUGGGUUCCGAUAUCCGACGAUUGCCUAGUGAAAUGGGGCAGUUGACGAAUCUAAUGUUGUUGGAUUUGAACGAUUGUCGGCAGCUUGAUGUAAUUCCACGAAAUAUCUUAUCAAGCCUGUCUCGAUUAGAAUGUUUGCGCAUGAAAUCUAGCUUUACUCGAUGGGCAGCUGAAGGAGUUAGUGAUGGAGAAAGCAAUGCUUGUUUAUCGGAGCUGAAUCAUUUGCACCAUUUGACAACUAUAGAGAUAGAAGUGCCAGCUGUCAAGUUGCUACCAAAAGAAGACAUGUUCUUUGAGAACUUGACAAGAUAUGCAAUAUUUGCAGGCAGAGUUUAUUCAUGGGAAAGAAAUUAUAAAACAUCAAAAACAUUAAAGCUGGAACAGGUUGAUAGGAGCUUACUUUUGAGGGAUGGAAUUAGAAAGUUGUUGAAGAAAACUGAAGAACUAAAGUUGAGUAAAUUGGAAAAAGUAUGUCGUGGCCCAAUUCCCCUAAGGUCGUUGGAUAACUUGAAAAUUUUAGAUGUGGAGAAAUGUCAUGGAUUGAAAUUUCUCUUCUUACUUUCCACAGCUAGAGGCCUUUCCCAAGUAGAAGAAAUGACAAUAAAUGAUUGCAAUGCCAUGCAACAAAUAAUCGCAUGUGAAGGGGAGUUUGAAAUAAAAGAAGUUGAUCAUGUUGGGACCGACUUGCAACUGCUCCCUAAAUUACGACUUUUGAAACUUAGGGAUCUACCAGAGCUCAUGAAUUUCGACUACUUCGGCUCUAAUUUGGAGACGACAUCGCAAGAAACAUGUUCCCAAGGCAAUCCUAAUAUCCACAUGCCAUUUUUCAGUUAUCAGGUUUCAUUCCCUAAUUUGGAGAAGUUGAUGCUUUAUAAUCUUCUCGAAUUGAAGGAGAUAUGGCAUCACCAACUUCCACUUGGGUCCUUCUACAAUUUGCAAAUCCUACAAGUAAACCAUUGUCCAAGCCUACUCAAUCUUAUUCCAUCUCAUUUGAUACAAAGUUUCGACAAUUUGAAAAAAUUAGAGGUGGCUCACUGUGAAGUCCUAAAACAUGUGUUUGAUCUUCAAGGACUUGAUGGAAAUAUUAGGAUUCUCCCAAGGUUAAAAUCCUUACAGUUAAAAGCACUACCUAAGUUGAGGCGUGUUGUGUGCAAUGAGGAUGAGGACAAGAAUGAUAGCGUGAGGUGUCUUUUCUCUUCUUCCAUUCCUUUUCACAACCUUAAAUUCCUAUACAUUCAAGAUUGUGGGAACGAAGUUGAAGAUGAGGAACAUAUCAAUACUCCUACAGAAGAUGUAGUGCUCUCCGAUGGAAAGGUUUCAUUCCCUCCUAAUUUGGAGGAAUUGAUUCUAAAAAACGUUCCCAAUUUGAUAGAGAUGGAUGUUGGGAUCCUCCCAAAGUUAAAAAUCCUGAAGUUAAAGAAACUACAUGGAUGUCUUUUGUCUAAGGUUUCACUUUCUCCUAAUUUGGAGGAGAUAGUUCUAAAAAGUCUUCCAAAAUUGAAGGAGAUAGAUUUUGGGAUCCUCCCAAAGUUAAAAAUCCUAAAGAUUGAGAAACUACCUCAAUUAAUUUUGUCUUCUUCAAUGUUCAAGAAUUUUCACAAUCCCAAAGAGUUACAUAUCAUUGAUUGUGGGAUGGAAGACAUGAGAGAUGUCAAUACUUCUACUAAUGAUGAAGUGCUCUUCAAUGAAAAGGCUUCAUUCCUUGAAUCAAGAGCCUCCACUUUGAACAAAAUUAUGGAUGCCUUAAGAGCCGACAAUAUCAACUUGAUUGGAGUAUGGGGCAUGGCCGGUGUGGGCAAAACAACACUGCUGAAACAAGUGGCUCAACAAGCUAAGCAACAGCGGUUGUUCACCAGACAAGCUUAUAUGAAUGUAUCCUGGACUCGAGACUCGGAUAAACGUCAAGAAGGAAUUGCUAAACUUCGACAAAGAAUUGCAAAAACGUUGGGCUUACCACUUUGGAAGCUCAAUGCGGAUAAACUGAAGCAGGCACUGAAGGAAGAGAAGAUCCUUAUUAUCUUAGAUGAUAUUUGGACGGAAGUUGAUUUGGAGCAAGUCGGAAUUCCUUCUAAAGAUGAUAUUUGGAUGCAAUGCAAAAUAGUGUUGGCUUCGAGAGAUAGAGACCUAUUAUGCAAAGGCAUGGGCGCACAAAUUUGUUUUCCAGUGGAAUAUUUACCACUAGAAGAAGCUCGGAGUUUGUUUAAGAAGACAGCAGGAGAUUCCAUGGAGGAGAAUCUUGAACUGCGACCCAUAGCCAUUCAAGUAGUUGAAGAAUGUGAGGGUCUACCAAUUGCAAUUGUAACAAUUGCCAAGGCAUUAAAAGAUGAGACCGUGGCUGUAUGGAAGAAUGCCUUGGAACAACUCAGGAGUUGUGCACCAACAAACAUUAGAGCAGUGGAUAAGAAGGUUUACUCAUGUCUGGAGUGGAGCUACACCCAUUUGAAGGGUGAUGACGUUAAGUCAUUGUUCUUACUUUGUGGGAUGCUGAGCUAUGGUGAUAUUUCAUUGGAUCUCUUGUUACGAUAUGGUAUGGGUCUGGAUUUGUUUGACCGCAUCGACUCAUUGGAGCGAGCAAGAAAUAGACUACUUGCAUUGGUGGAAAUCCUCAAAGCCUCAGGCUUGUUACUUGACAGUCAUGAAGAUAGAAACAAGUUUGAUGAAGAAAGAGCUUCAAGUUCGAGUUUCAUGGAUGUUGAUAACAAGUUUGUGAGGAUGCAGAGUGUUGUUCGUGAAGUUGCCAGAGCAAUUGCAUCCAAGGAUCCUCAUCCAUUUGUAGUAAGAGAAGAUGUUGGAUUGGAAGAAUGGUCAGAGACUGAUGAAUCCAAAAGGUGCGCUUUCAUCUCUUUGCAUUGCAAAGCUGUGCAUGACCUUCCUCAAGAGUUGGUAUGGCCGGAACUUCAAUUUUUUCUAUUGCAGAACAAUAAUCCUCUCUUGAAUAUCCCGAACACAUUUUUCGAAGGGAUGAAAAAACUCAAAGUUUUGGAUUUGUCCCGUAUGCAUUUUACAACACUACCAUCAUCACUUGAUUCCCUUGCAAAUCUCCGAACAUUGCGUCUGGAUGGGUGCAAGUUGGGAGACAUUGCUCUAAUUGGAAAGCUAACGAAACUAGAAGUUCUUAGCUUGAUGGGUUCUACAAUCCAACAAUUGCCUAAUGAAAUGUCGCGAUUGACCAAUCUAAGGCUGUUGGAUUUGAAUGAUUGUGAGAAGCUUGAAGUAAUUCCACGAAAUAUCUUAUCAAGUUUGUCUCAAUUAGAAUGUUUGUACAUGAAAUCUAGCUUUACUCAAUGGGCAACUGAAGGUGAAAGCAAUGCUUGCUUAUCCGAGCUAAAUCAUUUGUCUCAUUUGACAACUUUAGAGACAUAUAUACGAGAUGCCAAGUUGCUACCAAAAGACAUUCUAUUUGAGAACUUGACAAGAUAUGGGAUAUUUAUAGGUACUCAGGGGUGGUUGAGAACCAAAAGAGCAUUGAAGCUUUGGAAAGUCAAUAGAAGCUUACAUUUGGGGGAUGGAAUGAGCAAGUUGUUGGAGAGAAGUGAAGAACUAGAGUUCAGUCAAUUAAGUGGUACUAAAUAUGUUCUUCACCCAUCAGAUAGGGAGAGUUUCCUUGAACUAAAGCAUCUCAAAGUUGGUUAUAGUCCUGAGAUUCAAUACAUCAUGGAUUCAAAGAAUCAACAGUUGUUGCAACAUGGUGCCUUUCCUCUAUUGGAGUCAUUGAUUCUUCAGACUUUGAAAAACUUCGAAGAAGUAUGGCAUGGCCCAAUUCCAAUAGGGUCUUUUGGUAACUUAAAAACUCUAGAAGUGAAUUUAUGUCCUAAAUUGAAAUUUCUCCUCUUGCUUUCCACGGCUAGAGGCCUUUCUCAACUUGAAGAAAUGAUUAUAUCAUAUUGCGAUGCCAUGCAACAAAUAAUCGCAUAUGAAAGGGAGUCAAAAAUAAAAGAAGAUGGACAUGCUGGGACCAACUUGCAACUAUUCACAAAAUUGCGAUCCUUGAAACUCGAGGGACUACCACAGCUCAUCAACUUCAGUUCCGAGUUAGAAACAACAUCUUCCACAUCUUUGAGUACAAAUGCAAGGUCGGAAGACUCAUUUUUCAGUCAUAAGGUUUCAUUCCCUAAGUUAGAGAAGUUGACACUCUAUCAUGUGCCCAAGUUGAAGGAUAUAUGGCAUCAUCAACUUCCAUUUGAAUCAUUCUCCAAUCUACAGAUCUUAAGGGUGUAGGAAUGUCCAUGUCUACUCAAUCUUGUCCCAGCUCAUUUGAUACACAGCUUCCAGAAUUUAAACAAGAUAUAUGUGCAAGAUUGUUAACUCUUAAAGCAUGUGAUUAUUCUUCAAGAAAUUGAUGGAAAUGUUGAGAUCCUCUCAAAGUUAGAAACCUUGAAAUUGCAAAACUUGCCUAUGUUGAGAUGGAUGGAAGACGGGAAUGACAGGAUGAAACAUAUUUCCUCUCUUCUGACACUCAUGAAUAUUCAAAACCUUCAAGAACUACAUAUAACUAAUUGUAGUAUGGAAGACCUGCGGAAGAUGUAGUACUCUUUUGUGAGAAGGUUAGUUUUUUUCUA